AUGAACAUCUACAGUAUACUUGUGUUGAUAUUUCUGAUAUGUUUACAAGUGUUAACGACUUUUGGACAAGUUGAUGAGGUUGAUGAAAUGGAUUCCUUUGAGGCAAAUGAGUGGAGUGAUGAUGAAGCAUUGUGGGGUGAGAAUCGAGUGAGGCGAAAUGCGCGACGAUAUAAUUAUGGGAACUACUAUGGGACUCGGCGAAAUCGUUUCUACAACUCGAACUACGGGACGAAUCGAUACCGAAAUCGUUACUACAAUCCCCUCAACAAUUACUAUUACUCGAAUGGGAUUUAUUAUCCAAUUGGA